AUGUCCGCCGCUCAUCUUCUCCGCCACUCCCGCAAGCUGCGGAGUUUGCAAAAUGCUGUAGGCUGUGAGAAUUUAAGUCUUGUUCGGCAUUACUCCAGCGGUUCUGGAUCCUUUAUCGCCAAGGAAAACGGUGUUGGAAAAAGAACCAGAGGUACCAGAUUUUCCCAGCAUAACCAGCCUGCAAAAGAGCCGGAGACAUUCUCACUAGGAGUAAAUGGAAGCUGCACUUGGAGAAGAACAUCCAACAGCCUUACCCCAAGUGCUGCUAGCUGGCUCAAUGGUUCACUCUCAUGUGGACAGGUAGUUUCAGCACGUCCAUUCUCAAGUAGUGCAGACCUGCCUCCACAUCAAGAAAUCGGGAUGCCGUCUCUUUCGCCUACAAUGACUGAGGGAAACAUUGCCAAGUGGCUUAAGAAGGAAGGAGACAAGGUCUCCCCUGGUGAGGUUCUCUGUGAGGUGGAAACUGAUAAAGCCACUGUGGAGAUGGAGUGCAUGGAAGAGGGCUAUCUUGCUAAGAUUAUUCAAGGAGAUGGUGCAAAGGAGAUUAAAGUUGGCGAGGUCAUUGCUAUAACCGUAGAAGAAGAGGGUGACAUUGAGAAGUUUAAGGAUUAUAAGCCGUCAUCUUCAGCUGAACCUGUAGCUCCUGCUGAAUCAAAGGCUCAACCAGAACCUUCCCAGCCAAAGGUGGAUGAAAAAAAGCUUACCCAGGCUCCUGAUGCCAAGGCCCUGAAGAUUGAAGAAGCUUCUCAAUCUGGAGAUCGCAUAUUUGCCAGCCCUCUUGCCCGUAAACUGGCUGAAGAUAACAAUGUCCCACUAUCAAGUGUGAAAGGUACUGGUCCUGAUGGGCGUAUUUUAAAGGCAGACAUUGAAGAUUACUUGGCCAAGGGUGGGACGAGGGAGGCUUUUGCAGCUCCAGGGCUAGGUUAUAUCGAUAUUCCAAAUGCACAGAUAAGAAAGGUUACCGCAAACCGCUUGCUAACAUCGAAACAGACCAUUCCUCAUUACUACUUGACAGUAGAUGCACGUGUUGACAAACUUGUCAAGUUGCGAGGUGAACUGAACCCACUGCAGGAUGCUUCUGGUGGAAAGAAAAUAUCAAUUAAUGAUCUUGUCAUCAAGGCUGCAGCUUUGGCUCUUCGAAAGGUCCCACAGUGUAACAGCUCAUGGAUGAAUGAUUUUAUUCGCCAAUACCACAAUGUGAACAUCAACGUGGCCGUACAGACCGAGCAUGGAUUGUUUGUUCCAGUAAUUAGGGAUGCAGACAAGAAGGGACUUGGUACAAUUGCUGAGGAGGUGAAGCAGUUGGCUCAAAAAGCAAGAGAUAAUAGCUUAAAACCAGCAGAUUACGAGGGUGGCACCUUCACUGUAUCAAACUUGGGAGGUCCCUUUGGAAUUAAACAAUUCUGUGCCAUCAUAAAUCCUCCUCAGUCAGCAAUUUUGGCCAUUGGUUCUGCUGAGAAGAGGGUGAUACCUGGUUCCGCUGACGGUCAGUAUGAAUUUGGUUCAUUCAUGUCAGCUACACUGAGCUGUGACCACAGGGUUAUAGAUGGUGCAAUCGGUGCGGAAUUUCUGAAAGCCUUCAAGGGCUACAUGGAGAACCCGACUUCAAUGCUGCUGUGA